AUGGCGCCCUCACAAUUGAAACAGUUGAAGCAAUCUCUGCGAGAUCAUGGUGUCCUCGGCCCCCAAAAGUCCAAGAAACAGCGAAAAUCCACCUCCAAAGAUGCUCGGAAACGACUCCAGCGAAACGCCGCUCUCGAGGGCAUCCGGGAACGAUUCAACCCUUUCGAGGUCAAAGCCCCCGCCCGGAAAGAAAAGUAUGAAAUUGCCAGUGCAAAGGUAUCCAAGCCGUCGAUCGGUCGGCCUGGUGUUACACGAGGCUUGGGCGAAGAGAGGCGGCGAGACACCCUCUUGAAAGAGAUUCAGAGCCGGAACAAAGUCGGCGGAAUGCUCGACCGUCGCUUCGGCGAAGACGAUCCGAAUAUGACCCCUGAACAAAAGGCUGCUGAAAGGUUCGCUCGGCAAAACGAGAGGAAGAUGAGGAAGACUACAAUGUUCAAUCUCGAGGACGAUAGCGAGGAAGAAAUGGUUCUGACACAUGGCGGUAGAUCGCUCGAAUUUGGCAAUGGUGCCCAGGACGAUUUUAGCGAGGACGAUGUCAGUGCGUCAGACGAAGACACUGACAGGCCUAGCAAAAGACUCCGCCUAGAUGGAGGGGAGGCUGACGACAACGACAAUGAGCAUGAGGACGGCCUGCCCCAACGGAAGAAGACCAAGAACGAAGUGAUGAAAGAGGUCAUUGCCAAGUCUAAAAUGUACAAGGCCGAACGUCAAGCUGCAAAGGCGGACGAUGAUGAAAUAAGAGCAGAGCUAGACAAAGGGAUGUCUGCGUUCUACGAGGCUUUACGAAGUCACAAACCUCCAGAGAAGAAGCCUCUUCCUGCGGACAACCCUUCAGCCGAUCCUCAUAUGGACCCGGCUCGAGCGGCUAUGCUUGCAGGUAAGAGCAGGAAGGAAGUGGAGAAAGAGUACGAAAGCAACCUACGGCAGUUGAAGUUGGAUGCCCGCUCAAAACCUAGUGUGCGCACAAAGACAGAUGAGGAGAAAGCGGCAGAGGAGGCCUCUAGGCUUGAAGAAUUGGAGAGGAAGCGUAUUCGAAGAAUGAAGGGUGAAGCUGAGAGUUCGGAAGACGAGCGGGACGGAGAACUAGGCCCUGAUGAAGAUAUCGAAAGGCAAGAAGAGGAUGACGAUGAUGACGCUCAAGCCUUUGGCCUGUCCGCGCCACAGAAUGCUCCUGCUCUGAAAAGAGGACUUGAUGUUGAGGACGAGGACGAGUUUGUGCUUGAUGAUGACUUGAUAGCUUCCGAUUCGGAGGCAGAAAUGGCGAGCGAACAGGACGCAGACGAUUCUGAUUUCGAGAGCCAGCAGGAAGAUGAUGGCGAUGACGACUUCAUCAAUGGUCUAGUUCUUCCCAAAGACACAAUUCCGCACACCAAGCAGAAAGGCAACGACAAGAAGUCGGGGAGCAGCAGUCUUGCCUAUACAUUCCCUUGCCCACAAACUCAUCAAGAGAUGUUGGAAAUCACCAAGGACACUGAGAGUACAGAUUUACCGACCAUCGUUCAGAGAAUACGAGCAUUGUAUCACAAGGGACUCGCCGAGGGCAAUCAGCUCAAGUUGGACAAAUUCGGCGCUGUUCUAACUGAACAUGUAGCAUACCUGGCCGAUUCCAACGUCGAAAUACCCUUCUCUGUCCUAGACAGUCUCCUGCGACAUCUCCACUCUAUGGCAAAAGCUUCCCCCCAAGCGAUCGGAGCCGCGUUCCGACAACAUCUUGACAGUCUCUCGGAGGAACGCCCCCUCCAACUUACCCCCGGAGAUCUCAUCAUAUUGACAGGUGUCUCGACUAUUUUCCCCACCUCGGACCACUUCCAUUCAGUGGUCACUCCGUCAAUGCUGACACUAGCUCGCUAUCUUGGGCAGAGCUCGGUUCAAUCUCUCCAAGAUCUAGGCAGGGGCGCAUAUUGCUGCUCCCUGGCUCUCCAGUUUCAGAGCUUUGCCAAAAGAUAUGUCCCUGAAGUGAUAACAUAUCUCGUGAAUGCUCUUUUCAUCCUAGCACCAGUUCCGCUGGCAGACAAAGACAAGGCAAGCCUGCCUCUUCACGUUCCCAUCCGGUUGCCUUCAAAAUCCCUACGGAUAAAGUCUUCAACUAUGGUCGACGGUCCACAAAAGGUAUCCUUCAGAGACCUCGUGAUGAGUCAAGGCAACUCAGAUGCUACCAGUCAUGCCAUUGCUCUUCUCAACAACUUCAUCCGUCUUUGCCUAGCCGCCACCAACCUCUGGAAGCAGAAAAGCUCUUGUUCAGAAAUACUUGAUCCACUAAUUCAAGCGCUUUCACACAUCACUUCGAGCCCAACUCGGCUUCCUUCUCAAACUGUAUCUUUGGCCAAGACAACACUCGCCGCUCUAGAAUCUCAAAAGGCCACAAGUAUCGAUUUUCGCCGCCCACUCCUCCUACACAACCACCGAGCCCUCGCCAUCAAAACCUCAAUUCCCCAGUUCAUUGAGAAUUACAAUCCGGAUCGACACUACGACCCAGAUCGUGAGCGUGCUGAGCUCUCCAAGCUUAAGGCUGAGCACAGGAAGGAGCGCAAGGGUGCGAUGCGCGAGUUGCGCAAGGACGCCUCCUUCAUGGCUCGCGAGCAACUACGGGAAAAGAAGGAGAAAGAUGCUGCAUAUGAACGAAAGUAUAAGAGGCUUGUUGCCGAGAUUCAGGGCGAGGAAGGCCGCGAGGCGAAGGGUUAUGAGAGAGAGCGGGCGAAGAGGAAGGGCAGGUUCUAA